AUGGAGACGAGAGGAAUCCAACCCAAAGCAAACGAAAUAGGAGGAUAUGAAGCCGCAACAAUCAACCUAGACAAGGACAAAGAUGAGGAGAAGAUGUGGAGACAAUGCCUCUACGAAGGCACAACCACAAUCCAAGAUACGAAGCCUACGCGAGGUCACAACUACAGAACCAUGGAUCUCCAAUAA